AAUGCCUCUCUCUCUCUCCGAUCGAACACGGCAAAUGUGAACAGAGAGACAGCUAGCGAGCUGUGGUUUCACCCUUUUCACGCAUUUUUGGCUUUAUCUUGUAUGCGGUAUGUUUUGCUUUCCCUCCAACAAUGCCGGUCUGGACUGAUAGGAAUUCAACAAGUGAACGGCCGCCCAUUCAUUGAAUCCCAAGCUUUGUCGUUACCGACACGUCUGAAAGUUUGUAGUUUUGGUAGAUGAACAAACUCGGACGGAGAAAACAAAGCUGUAUUUGAAUUUGUAUGUGCGUUUCGCUUUUAUUAUGGGCUGUCUAGAAAGUCUUGAGGGAAUAAACAGACUGGUCCUUUUCUUGGGUUGUUCUGUUUCUGCUGAAUUUGGGGUAGAAGAAAAAAUCUUGAUUGGUAAGCCUGAAUAUCUUAGUGGGAAUGUUUUGGUGAAAGAAAUCUACCAAUAAGUUUGUUUCUUUCGAUGCAUAUGGUAACUUGAGAAGUGGGAUUUGCCGUUUAUUGGGUUGUCCUUAUAAUUCUGGUAUAGUACUUGAGAAAGUUCUAUCAUCAUUCAUCAAUCGGAGCUAGGAGCUUCAAAUCAAAGAAAACUCAGAAAAGGGACACUUGAUUGACAUAAAUAAAGAUUCGGGUCUUCUAUGCUGGUGUUCAUUUACUGAUUUCUUGGUGUAUAUUCAUUUUACUGUGAAGAAGAUGGUGGGAAGCAUUGAGAGAGUGGGUGGUAAUUUAUACUCAAACGGGUCUAUUCAGCACGGUAAUGGGUUGGAAGAGAAGCUUGAUGAGUUUCGCCGCCUUCUUGGCAAGGCGGAUGGCGAUCCAUUAAGGAUUGUUGGUGUUGGGGCAGGUGCUUGGGGGAGUGUUUUUGCAGCAUUGCUUCAAGAUAAUUAUGGUCCAUACAGAGAGAAGGUACAAAUAAGGAUAUGGAGAAGGCCUGGAAGAGCUGUGGAUAGAGCCACUGCUGAACAUCUUUUUGAAGUGAUCAAUUCUAGGGAGGAUGUGUUGAGGAGGUUGAUCCGGCGCUGUGCAUAUUUGAAGUAUGUUGAGGCGAGGCUAGGUGAUCGGACUCUCUAUGCAGAUGAGAUUUUGAAAGAUGGAUUUUGCUUGAACAUGAUUGAUACACCACUUUGUCCUUUGAAGGUUGUGACUAAUCUGCAGGAGGCUGUUUGGGAUGCUGAUAUUGUGGUCAAUGGCUUGCCUUCCACUGAAACUCGUGAGGUGUUUGAAGAGAUUAGUAAUUAUUGGAAGGAGAGAAUCACGGUGCCUAUCAUCAUCUCUUUGGCAAAGGGAAUAGAGGCUGCGUUGGAUCCUGUUCCCCACAUAAUAACUCCCACGCAAAUGAUUAAACGGGCAAUUGGAAUACCUAUGGAGAAUAUACUUUAUCUUGGUGGGCCAAAUAUUGCGUCAGAAAUUUACAAUAAGGAAUAUGCUAAUGCUCGAAUUUGUGGAGCUGAGAAGUGGAGGAAACCUCUUGCAAAAUUUUUAAGGCAACCCCAUUUUACUGUCUGGGAUAACAGUGAUCUUAUCACACAUGAAGUCAUGGGUGGCCUGAAGAAUGUUUAUGCCAUUGGAGCUGGAAUGGUGGCGGCCCUUACCAAUGAGAGUGCUACCAGCAAAUCAGUAUAUUUUGCACAUUGUACGUCAGAGAUGAUAUUCAUUACCCAUUUGUUGGCUGAAGAGCCCGAGAAGCUUGCAGGGCCUUUGCUGGCUGACACUUACGUUACCUUGUUAAAAGGUCGUAAUGCAUGGUAUGGCCAGAUGUUAGCCAAGGGUGAACUAAACCUGGAUAUGGGUGAUAGCAUCAGUGGCAAAGGAAUGAUUCAGGGUGUCUCUGCAGUGGAGGCAUUUUAUGAACUUCUGAGCCAGUCUAGCCUAAAUGUACUGCAUCCUGAAGAAAACAAGCCUGUAGCUCCUGUAGAGCUUUGCCCCAUCUUAAAGACACUAUAUAAAAUACUGAUCACAAGGGAACAGUCAUCACAAGCUAUUCUACAAGCACUGAGGGAUGAGAACUUGAAUGAUCCCCGGGAGCGCAUUGAGAUUGCACAAACCCAUGCUUUCUACAAGCCUUUACUUCUUGGACAGCAUUGAUUUUUUUUUUCUUUUUUUUUUUUUUUUCUCAUAUGGAAAGAAAAUUAUGACAUAAAUCUAAAAAGCAUUAAGUUAUAUGAAUACAUGGUGAGCAGAAGCAUAUUGGUUAUUGUAAUACAUGGUGUACUGAUUCAAUUACCUUUAUAUAUUAAAGUAAGUGGAUUUAUCUUCA